GUAACUCCUCACCACAUACUCCAUCUGCAGUUGGUUGAGGUCAUUUAAUUUAGAAGCAGCAGCCAUAACCAAGCUGAAGAAAAUGUCUCUUGUCACAGAACAGCUCAAGGCCAAUGCUGAGUUCUACCAAGGAGAUGAUAUCGGCCAAGAGAAAACAAAGCUCUUGCUCAAGGAAGUAGGCCUGCCCAAUGGGCUCUUGCCCUUACAAGACAUUAUAGAAUGUGGGAUUGUAAGGGAGACAGGAUUUGUGUGGCUCAAGCAGAAGAAGAGCAUAACCCACAAGUUUGAGAAGAUUGGAAAACUUGUGACCUAUGCAACUGAGGUCACAGCUGUGGUGGAGCCCGGCAAGAUCAAGAAGCUAACUGGGGUGAAGACCAAGGAGCUCUUGGUUUGGGUCUCACUAAGUGACAUCUAUUUGGAUGAUCCACCAACUGGCAAGAUCACUUUCCAGACACCUGCUGGGCUUUACAGGUCUUUCCCUUGUUCAGCUUUCGAGGUUGAAGAAACUAAGCAUGACAAGGAAGAAAACAAGGAAGCUAAGGAAGUGAAAGCAGCUGCGUAAGUGAAGGAUGUGUUAGUUUAUUUACAAGUUUCAAUACUAAGAAGUCUUUAUCUGUUGUGGCUUCUAUCCCUAAGUUGUUUACUGGAAAUAAAAUUCGUUUAGAAUUUCAUAAAA